CCCGGACGCGCGCCCGGGCGGCGGGGGCUCGGCGGCCAACGCUGCCUUGGGGGAACGAGGGCGGGAGGGUGUGUGUGCGCGCGUGUGAGCAGGGGGUGCCGGCGGGGCUGCAGCGGAGGCACUUUGGAAGAAUGACUCUGGAGUCCAUCAUGGCGUGCUGCCUGAGCGAGGAGGCCAAGGAAGCCCGGCGGAUCAACGACGAGAUAGAGCGGCAGCUCCGCAGGGACAAGCGGGACGCCCGCCGGGAGCUCAAGCUGCUGCUGCUCGGGACAGGAGAGAGCGGCAAGAGUACGUUCAUCAAACAGAUGAGAAUCAUCCACGGAUCGGGCUACUCGGAUGAGGACAAAAGGGGCUUCACCAAGCUGGUGUAUCAGAACAUCUUCACAGCCAUGCAGGCUAUGAUCAGAGCCAUGGACACGCUCAAGAUCCCCUACAAGUACGAGCACAACAAGGCUCAUGCACAAUUAGUUCGAGAAGUUGAUGUGGAGAAGGUGUCUGCUUUUGAGAAUCCAUAUGUAGAUGCAAUAAAGAGUUUAUGGAAUGAUCCUGGAAUCCAGGAAUGCUAUGAUAGACGACGAGAAUAUCAAUUAUCUGACUCUACCAAAUACUAUCUUAAUGACUUGGACCGCGUUGCUGACCCUGCCUACCUGCCUACACAGCAAGACGUGCUUAGAGUUCGAGUCCCCACCACAGGGAUCAUCGAGUACCCCUUUGACUUACAAAGUGUCAUUUUCAGAAUGGUCGAUGUAGGGGGCCAAAGGUCAGAGAGAAGAAAAUGGAUACACUGCUUUGAAAAUGUCACCUCUAUCAUGUUUCUAGUAGCGCUUAGUGAAUAUGAUCAAGUUCUCGUGGAGUCGGACAAUGAGAACCGAAUGGAGGAAAGCAAAGCACUCUUUAGAACAAUUAUCACAUAUCCCUGGUUCCAGAACUCCUCGGUUAUUCUCUUCUUAAACAAGAAAGAUCUUCUAGAGGAGAAAAUUAUGUAUUCGCACCUAGUUGACUACUUCCCAGAAUAUGAUGGACCCCAGAGAGAUGCCCAGGCAGCUCGAGAAUUCAUUCUGAAGAUGUUCGUGGACCUGAACCCAGACAGUGACAAAAUCAUCUACUCCCACUUCACCUGCGCCACAGACACCGAGAACAUCCGCUUUGUUUUUGCCGCCGUCAAGGACACCAUCCUCCAGCUGAACCUGAAGGAGUACAAUCUGGUCUGAUUGCGCCUCCUCGACCCCGCCCUUCCCUUCCCUGGUGGGCUACUGAAGCUAUACAAGAGGGACUGUAUUUCUGUGGAAAACAAUUUGCAUAAUACUAAUUUAUUGCCGUCCUGGACUCUGUGUGAACGUGUCCACAGAGUUUGUAGUAAAUAUUAUGAUUUUAUUUAAACUAUUCAGAGGAAAAACAGGAUGCUGAAGUACAGUCCCAGCACAUUUCCUCUCUGUCUUUUUUUUUAGGCAAAACCUCGUGACUCAAUGUAUUUUAAAUUCUCAGUCAUGCACUCACAAAGAUAAGAGUUGUUUCCUUUCUCUCUCUCUCUUUUCUAUCGAGCAAAACAAAGCUGAUUUCCCUCUCCCUAGCCCCUCCCUCCUGAUUUUUUCCUGGGUUACAAUGGCCUUUAUCCUAAUUCAUUCUUGGUCAGAUUUUUCUCUUUCUCGCAAAUGAUACAGUCAUUUGAUUUAAGCCAUCAACAUCAGCUUAAUUUAACUGUGUAGUUUUUGCUGAAGGAUUAUAAGUAUUAAUGUUAUGGUUUUAAAUGUAUGGUCUGGAGACACAUAAGAGUUUUUUUUUUUUAAUCUUAAGUCUAUUGUCUUGCCUCACUUUGGGCUGGGACAGUGUGCCAUCUAAUGGUUCAGUGGCAUUUCUUUUGGAGCUCUCUACCUUCAGCCAUAGCUUGGUUGCUCAGAGAAAUGUAUGGAAGCAAGUAAGGCAAGAGCAAAGUCACACAGGAGGCGUCUUUUUUUUCUCUGUCUCUUUUUAAUACCAUGUGCCAUUGUCCUUCCUCUUUUUUUUUUUUUUAGCCUUCAUUUCUUUAAAUUGCAGAUGCCAAAAAUUAUGCCAACAGACACUACAUUAACCCAAUGGCUGCUACCCAGAACCCUUCCAGAGAUUGUUCCUAAUUUUUCCCCUCGAGACUUUUCCUCCCUUUUUUCCUUAGUGUUUGGGCCACAAUUUUAAAGUGACUUAUGGAUAUGUGUUGCCAAAGCUGGCUUUUUGUAAAACAAAAGAACUUAGAAGCCAGCUUCUUAAAAUAUAAGAGAAUAAGGCUGUGAAGCCUAAAAUCAGCUGGCAAUGAACCCGAAAUGCCAAUUGCCAAACAACUGGUAACUGUAGAUUUGAUUCUCACAGUCCGUUCUUUUCUUUGCCCCUAAGAUCACAUUGUUUAGUGUCCGUUCAUGUGGAGUGUCCACAUCAGCAGUUUAAAAAGUGUCCUGUGUGUGAUACAACAUGAAAUCUGCUUCUCUCUUCAUUUGAAGCCAAUUUUACUCUAUGUUCUUUAAGGUCAAGUAGGUCUGCCAAGAACAUUGGUUGAUAGUAUUCCUCUGACACCUUUAAUUUGCAAAAUCUGAAAUUACUGCUAGUUCACCACCUUUGGGAUCUUUUUAGACUAGUGACUGGUUAAGUUGAACUUAAGGAAGACUUGUGGACUUAUAAGUAACCUCUCAGUGUUCUAUGGAACAUGUAUUUAUGUAACUGAACCUACGAGGAGAGAUGUUUGGAAUUCUCUGUGUGCAAUUUUUCAACAAAUGCAUUGAUGAGCUUUUGUCAAGCAGCUUGAGUUGAAAUACAAUUUGAGAAAAUACAUCAUGAUUGUUUUAAGCCUGCUGGUAAGUUAGAGUUAGGCCAUGACACUGGUCUCAUUUUUAACUAAUGCUGUUGGGCAUGAGUCUAAACUUCCAUAUCAAUCACUCUUUUGGAAACAGCAGAGGGAAGGGAGAAAAUGAACUGCUAGUAGAUGAGUACCAGUGUUACUGAAUAGUAAUGGAAUGUUCUUCUUUACUCUCCCUGCCUCAAACAACACAGGUUACUUUUUUCAAUGCUCAGAAAGCACCUAAACUUAAGAUACAGACUGCCUGUAGGUAUAGUGCAAUUGCGAAUGCUCUAAUCAUUGUACAUACAUCUCUCUCGUAUUGCAGCGUCCAUACUGGCUUUGUAAUCAUUAAUUUUUUGGCAGAUUGAAUGUGCUGUAUUGAUAUGUAUCUAUGUAAUUGUAUCGUAUGUCUUAUAGCUAAUUCACAUUUUGAAUAAUGUUAUUUUAUUUACUUUUUUAAGAGAGGAGAAUGUAAAUUUGUCAGUUUAUUUCUGACUAGGGAUAUUUUUUUUUUCCAUUUAGAAAAGAAAAAAAAAAACCUUGCUAUCGUACAGAGCGGUACUAGCAUCGUGCUGUAUAAAAUCAUUUGCACAUUCCUGAGUAGAGGUAUACUGAUUAUAAGAUCCAAAGGUAAUUUCAUAGCAAACUACAUAAAAUCAGUUGGAGCUUUUAUACAAACAUGGAAACCAACUUUGUAGAACUUUUGCCAUUUGACCUAGGAUUGGAAUAUGAGCUUUUAUACAAUUCAUAUUCUUAUUUGGCAAAUGCAGUUUAGUAUUACCUCUCUGAUGGCCUUUAUUAGAAAGGCAGUUUUAGAAGCUAUUGUGAUCCACUAAGGAAAUGUUUUAACAGCUAGAGACCACUGCUUGCCUGAAAGGGCGAUCUUAAAUUUGGUGCAGCAAAAAAAUAAAAAAACAUUUGAAAGGCCUACAGUGUGUAUAGAGAAAACCUCAUCACAAGAUCAUAAGUGUUACAGUUUUAGGGACUCAAGAUAUUCUAUUUAAUAGAGCUGUAGUAGAUGUAGUCAAUUAAACCUGAUCUCAAAGCUCGAAGCAGCUGAGCAAACAGGGGAAGAUUGUUUUAUUUGUCUUUAUGAAAUUGGGAUGGAAUUGCUAUGCAGAACUGAGGUUUGUGGCUUCACUGUUCAUCUUAGGGUGCAUGACAAGAUCCCUUCUCUUGAGAAAGGAAAAAAUUGAUCACCCGAGCUGCAGUGAUACAUAGAAACCUAAGUGUAUCCACAUUAGUCAAUCAAAGCUAAAGGACUUUCUUUUUGUUUCUUUGGGGUUUUAUUGAAGGGGCUAGGGGCGGGAAGGGAUUCUCUUCAGUUUUGUAUAAAAACAAAGUUUACUCAUGCUUUAUACUAUAUUGUGAUUGCAAGCGUUAUAAGCGUGUGCCACCGGACCCCUAUUGUUGAUGCUCUAGGUAAGGGAGGCCUGUGGCAAGUUUUUAUGGUGACUUGGGCAUGUCUUACUCAAAAAGAAAACAAAACACAAAAACCUUUCUUCAGCAUACCAAGGCAAGCAGCCAUUUCAUGACUCACUUAACACAUUGCAGUGUACCAGUUUACAGAUGAUUUUUCCCUUUUUUGCAUGACAGCAGUUCCAACCCACAGAGAAUUCCUUAUUGUGUAAAUUGGAGGUUUGUUUGAUGCCUUACAGAGCUUAAAUUCAGAAGUUUGUGCCUCAUAUCUGAAACAAAGGGAAAUAACACACCCAUUCCAAAGUAAAUAAAUCCCCUCAACCCUGUUUUUUUUUUUUAAAAAACAUUCCCAUAUAAAGAGCUCUGUUGAAUGUCAUACAUAGACUUAGGGGAAAAAAUCUUCUAAGGAACCUGCAUAUGCUGUUUACGAGCAGAUGACAUCCACAAAAAGUAUUAGAAGAAAACCUGAAACUUUUUUUUUUUUGUAGAUUAGCAGGCCUAAUAUUUUUAAAAGGUAAUUCAGAUAAAGGACAAUUUACUUUUUGUACUUAAGACUCUCUUGAUUGUCAAAGUGUACGAAUUGUAAUUUUAAAAUUUAUACUGCCACAUGAUUGUAAAUUGUAGUUGUCUUAAGUUAGGAAUCAGUGAAAGGCUAUUUAUGCUGGAUUUGGGUCAAAAUGACUUACUUGCAAAAAAAAAUACAUGGGAAGAAAGGGCUGCAUAACAAGAUACUGCAAGACUCAGAUACUGGUUGGAAAUAACCUUCAAAAUACCCACAAUUUCCCUUUGUUUUCAGUUUCUCCUAAAAAGAAUGAAAUGAAAUUUAGCAGAAUGUUAACCCAUACAAAAAUAAAGUAUACCCAAAUAUUGUAAUGUAUAUUGUUGCUCUUCUUCAAUUUAGGUAAGGUUGCAAACUACUUAAUUGGCAAUUAGCAACAUCUCCAUUGAUACAAAUAAGGUGUGCUUGGUAUAUGGUUAAUAUUUUCUUCCAAAGAUCUAUCUUUGGUUAGAAACAUAAAAAAAAUAAAACCAAUACUACUGUAUGUUUAUCUAUCUCUACAUAUUUCCAGCCUAUGUAGCGUUAAUAGAUCUGUCCUGGUAACUGUCUUUGGGAUUUCAUCUUUUGGUUCCACUAAAUUAAGAAAAGAAGUGGCUUAGUUGUAAUCAUUAGCUAGAGAUUUCUGGAGCCAGACACCUGCUGUUGAGUAGAUACUUAGUACAGAGUCUAAAUUUGUCAUUUGUUUUUCUCUCAAAAUAACAAAUCAUGUCCUGUCUUCCUAACUACCUUUCAAUAACACUCUUGACUCUAGAAUCAUCUGUUCAAAGUAUGCGUAUACACCUAGCUCAUGGUAGGUGCUCAAAUACUCAUUUCCUUCUUACCUCCUGUAUCAUGUAGCCUCCAUUUCCCCAUAAGAUUCCAACCCAAUAGUAACUGACAUUUACAUGUUCUGAAGACACCUAUUGGGUAAAGUUGGAGCUUACUUGGAUAAAGGAAUUCUGACUUUCAUUUAAGAUUUGGUAGGCAGGAAAAAAAUAACAAGGAGGAAGACAUUCUUCAGGAGAAUAUUUUUAAGUUUAGGAAGAAUGAAGGGAAAUGAUGUAACUUCGUUCAGGUUACUUUAACUGAAACACGUUCUUUCCCUCAAAGAACUCUCUAAAUGCAACUUCUUGCUGGACUCCUCACCUGUCAUCAUGUCAGAAACCCUUACUAGACCUAUGUAUUUAGGGAGAUUUGUCAGAAAACAUUUUUAACUUGCAGUAUUUAAAAGAAUCAUAUUUACUGUUCUUAAAAUGUCAUUCAAAUGCAUGUAUUGUCUAUUGUUUGGGGAUGGGAACUAGUUUUGCAAAAAACACCUAAUGUUGUAUAAUAAUGCCCCGAUGAUCUUGCUGGUUAAAAAUACAGUAUUUUUGGCCAUAA